AUGAUUCGUUUUCUGCUAUACGAAUACGCAAUUGGACAUAAUCAACUUAAUGCCAGUGGAAAUAGCCCCCUCAUGUGGGUCAUACAUAAUAAGCAUUGUGAAGCUGUAAAGGAAGUGCUAGUUUUUGACUACCUUUUAUAUAUCAAAGAAUAUACCACAGUGGAAAGAAAAAAUAAAAGAACUAGAGGGACUUGGGGGAAGCAAAUUCGCCUGUACAAGGAAUUCAACAAAAUCGACCUACUGAAGAAAAACGAAUUCGACAAGAGCAUUCUGUCGGAGGCCUUCAAAGCCCAGGACGAAAAUAUUUUGCAUGUCGUUCUGAGCCACGAAUGUCGAGUUUGCUAGAUGGAAAAACAUCAGGAGAACAGAUACAUUCGCAAUAGCACCCUCUUUAGUAACAAAGUGGUGUUAGAACUCGGUGCAGGGAGUGAAGUGGCCAGGAUUUGGCUUUUCACGCGUGAGAACAAUUUUCGCAACGGAACUAGUCAAGGACAGCACCAAGUAGUCAUUACUUAUGUCAACCCUUUCACUCCAAGUAACAUUUCGCAUAAGGUCCUAUUAAGCGAAGAACUGUUUGGCCUCCCAGAUUCAGCAUGGAUGAGUAAAGUAAAAAUAUGUACCAUCGAUUGGAUCAAUGAAAAUACUUACCAACGU